AUGUGCCCCCAGCCAUGGGUGAAUGCCUGGAAUGAGCCCUGCGUCACCUCCUGCGGAGACUCCAGUGCUGUGGUGUACCCCCCACCCGUGGUCAUCACCUUCCCAGGGCCCAUCCUCAGCUCCUGCCCUCAGGAGAGCUACGUGGGCACCGUGCUCCCAACGCCCAUUGGGGGGUUUUCAGGAGGAAUGGGCUCUACUGAAUCAGGGGGUUCAUUUGGUUCUGGGGGUUCAUAUGGUGGGGGCAUGUUCGGAGGCGGCAGCUCCUCAGGAAUGGGGGGCAUGUACGGAGGCGGCAGCUCCUCAGGAAUGGGGGGCAUGUACGGAGGGAGUAGUUCAUUUGGCUCUGGGGGCUCAUACAGAGGAAGCAGGUCAUAUGGGAGCUCCUACAGAGGCUCCAGCUCCUACGGGGGAGGCUUGGGGGGCUCCUGCGGAGGAGGCAGCUCCUAUGGUGGGGGCUCCUUCGGGGGAGGCAGGUCCUUUGGUGGGGGCUCCUCUGGUUACAGGAGGUACGGCAGCGGAAGCUGUAGCUCUGGUUAUUUCUGA